AUGUUUUUUGCAUUUGAUGUUGAUGAGUAUGAUCACUUAUCCAGAUUUUUUUGGACUGAUGCUGUUUCUAGGAAGAAUUUUACCAUUUUUGGUGAUGUUGUGUCAUUUGAUGCUACAUAUCAGACAAACAGGUAUGAUAUGGUAUUUACACCAUUCACUAGUGUUAAUAAUCAUAAAAAGUCUAUUACUUUUGGGGCUGGGUUGUUGACAAAAGAGGAUAUUGAGUCAUAUGUGUGGUUGUUUGAGAAAUUCAAGGAAGCGAUGGGUAGUGAGCCAGGAUUGCUUGUUACUGAUCAAGACCCAGCAAUGAGGGUUGCAUUCCCACGUGUGUUCAAGGAAGCUAAGCAUAGGUUUUGCAUGUGGCACAUUAUGUCUAAGGUAGGAGAUAAGGUUGACACUUCAUUGAUUAAAAAUGAGACUCUUAGGUCAAAGUUGAAUUGUGUUGUAUGGAGUCAUUAUUUGGGACCAACUGAACUUGAUCAUCAGUGGAAUCUUGUCAAGGAGGAAUUUGGGUUGUUGGAGCAUAGUUGGAUUGUCAAAACUUGUCGAGUUCUAAAUGUUCGGGAUGACCAAGGGUUUUUGUAUUAUGAUAUUAAAGAUAGAAAUGAUCGAGUUUUUAGUGUGGUGCAUAAUGUUGCUGAAGUCAAAGCUUCAUGUGGAUGUAAAAUGUUUGAAAGGGUAGGAUUGCUGUGUAGGCAUAUUUUUGUAGUUUUCAAAGAUUUGAACUUGGAUUCAAUUCCAUUGGUCUAUGUAGUUAACCGGUGGACCAAGAGUGCAUCAAUGGGUCGGACUUUUGAUAUUGAUGUUGUUGUUGAUCAAUGUGGAGGUGUUGAUGAGAAGUUAGUGCUAUUGAAAAAUGUUUGGUUAGAUAUUCAAUGUUGUAUUAGUAUGGUUCAGUCUGACAUGGAUUGUUUGCAAGUGUUUUCCCAGAUCAUUAAGGACCAUAAAGAUAUGCUUUUAGCUUAUAAGGGUGGUUGUUCUUCUGCUGUUGAUAAGAGGUCAAUCAUUGAGUCAAUAUGUGGUUCUUCAGUUCCUUCUGAAGUUUCUAUUCUUCCACCAAACAAAGCAAAGAACAAUGGUAGUGGUUGGCGCAUUAAAGGAUGCAAGGAGAUUGCUAUUGAACAAAGUAAGGAGAGGAGUUCCAAGACUUGCAACAAAACUAUUCAUGAUAGUAGGAAUUGUCUGUUGAGGAAAAUGAAGGAUAAAGUGUGCAGUUUAUAG